AAUUAACUUGUAAAAUUGGAACAUUAAGAGAUAAUUUUAAAAUGGCAGAAGCUGAAAGUAGUCGAAAUGCAAUAAAAAUGAAUGAUGCAAUAGAUAAAAGAAAUCAUACAGAAAGAAAAUAUAAUUUUGCCAUAGCACAGCACAAACGUGAACUAAGAAGAAGAGACGAAAGAGAAAACGACCUUCAUUCACAAAUUACCCUUUUAAGAAAUAGAAUUCAGGAAUUAGAAUCAUUGUUAGACGAAAGAGAGAUCGACCUUAGCCUUUUAAGAAAUAGGAUUCAGGAAUUAGAAUCAUUGUUAAAUAUCA